GGCAACUAAAUGACGAAAGCAACUCCAGAAGAAGAAGAACAACUCUGGAUCUUCUUCUGUCAUCCCAUUCCCAUUUUCUCUCCCUUUCCGGUCUGAACCACGACAAAAUAGAAGUCGCACUCCUCUCUCUUUCCUUCAAAUUCCGAUGAUCAGAAUCUCCGGUGCGCUGAGAUAACUGAAAAUACCACACCACCAUUGCCAUAUUUAUGGAUUCGUAACUGUCCGUUCCUUCUACUUGAAGGAAACGCCCAAUCUUUAAAACUCGAAGAAGCAGGAUUCUUCGUUUUUUUCGUUUAAAGUGGUUUCUAUACCCUGCUGCUUCACUCACUCGGAGCUGCGCCUGGAUUUCUAUAUGGCCGGUCGUAAGGACAAAGCUCAGUCAGCUCGCGUGUCUCGGGUUGCCGUCGCUAUCGGAAUCGGAAUUCUAAUUGGGUGUGUUUUUGCUUUCUUACAUCCUCAUGGGUUUUUCGACUCUGAUCUGCCUAUCCGAAACCGUCGACUCGGGAAAUCGGAGUUCCAGGUUCAGUCUUCUUCCCCAUGUGAAUCUUCGGAGCGGUUCAAGAUGCUUAAAGGUGAUGUUGUUUCAAUAUUAGAUAAGAACUCCCUGUUGGAGAAGCGUAUCAGGGAUUUAACAAGGGAGCUGAGGAUAGUGGAACAAGCGAAAGAUCAUGCACAGAAGCAAUAUUUGGCGCUUGGUGAAAAUCACAAGGCUGGUCCGUUUGGUACUGUCAAGGGUCUUAGAACCAACCCUACCGUAAUCCCUGAUGAAUCCGUGAAUCCUCGACUGGCAAAACUCUUGGAGAAAGUUGCUGUUAAUAAAGAGCUUAUUGUGACACUUGCAAAUUCUAAUGUAAAACCCAUGUUGGAGGUCUGGUUUACCAGCAUCAAGAAAGUCGGCAUACCAAAUUAUUUAGUCGUGGCUCUGGACGACCAGACAGAAGAUCUCUGCAUAUCCCAAGAUGUUCCUGUCUACAAGAGAGAUCCAGACAAGAGCAUUGAUUCGGUUGGAAAGGGAGGAGGCAACCAUGAAGUCUCUGCAUUGAAGUUUCGCAUUCUGAGGGAGUUCUUGCAACUUGGAUACAGUGUUCUUCUCUCGGACGUUGAUAUAGUCUACAUACAGAACCCUUUUGAUCAUCUCUACCGUGAUUCAGAUGUGGAGUCAAUGAGCGAUGGUCACAACAACAUGACAGCUUAUGGAUACAAUGAUGUAUUUGAUGAACCCGCCAUGGGUUGGGCUCGAUACGCACACACUAUGAGAAUAUGGGUUUACAACUCUGGUUUCUUCUUCAUUAGGCCUACACUUCCUUCAUUUGAGCUUUUAGAUCGUGUCGCGACUCGGCUUUCUCAAGAAAAGGCAUGGGACCAAGCUGUGUUUAACGAGGAACUCUUUUUUCCUUCACGUCCUGGAUGCGACGGCCUUCACGCCUCCAAGAGAACCAUGGAUAUGUAUCUCUUCAUGAACAGUAAGGUACUCUUCAAGACCGUUCGGAAGGAUGCGAGACUCAGACAGUUGAAACCCGUCAUUGUUCAUAUAAAUUACCAUCCCAACAAAUAUCCUAGAAUGAAAGCAGUCGUAGAAUUCUUCGUCAAUGGUAAGCAAAACGCUCUGGACUCAUUCCCAGAUGGUUCUGAAUGACAAGACCCUCCUGUAGCACACAUCAUCACAGAGCCGAGUUUUAAACAAUUCAGCUGCUACAAGAAAGAUUCAUUUGAUAAUCAUCCCUUCAGAAAAAAAGAAAGCACUGCAAACAAUUCACCUGUUAUUCUCUUCUCCGAGGUUUUUGCCGAUGUACUUCUGUAAGAACAUCGGUAACGAUGUAACUAAGAUUGAGAAAACUUUAUCUUCUGCAAAAGGAAAAAAUUUCCUUGACUUAUUACACCAUUAUGGGUCUAUGUUAUUGUUCUUCCAUGUGUUUGUAAGGUUGUUUGCUCGUGUAAUGUGCCCAUAAUGUUGAACCAAAAAUCAUGUGCCA